GGUACUCACAUCGAUCCGGCAUGGUUUUUCUAAGGAUCUUACGCUGAGUACUCGAACACAUUCUCUAGUCGGACAAACACGUGAUGUUUCCAAGUUCGGUUCAUUGAAGCAGAGCUCCGAUACAAAGUCAUUUGUAUAUUUGUCCAAAUAUAAAUAAAAGUUUUGUAGUCUGUACUUUCUUACCAAAUAAAUAAAUUUAUUUACUCAGCUGCGUAAUUAAGCUGAACGUUGUGUGAUACUUUAAAAAUAGAGAACUGCCAAAAAAUACCAAUAUUUCAUCAUGAGUUAAAUUGAACCUAAUUUCAAAACUGGCAUAAGAUCUCAGAAAGCUCAUACUCAAACGUUAGAAAUUUUAUACGCCAAAUUCUGAAUUUGCACCCAGUGAUCACGGACGCGCUGCACAUUUCAUUUUUCAUCUAUACUGUUUAGUGCGCUCUUCUCGCCUCAUCGACAAACGCCAACUUCUAACCACAAUGAAACAAUAUAUCAUAAGUUUUGCAAAUUCCUUUCCUAGUUUUAGGAUUCCGGAGUUAGAGUCACUCUCCGAAAUGUUUGGAGUGGAAGUGGACCUCAGUAAUCACAAUGAGAAAAGCCCUUUUAUGAUCGUGAACCUUAAGAGCGAUGAGGAUGCCCAAAACCUUAUCAAACGGUCUAUUUUGGCGAAAGGGAUAUACGAGCUUUGGGGAAAAGGCGAGGACUUGAACGCCUUGCAUAAAAGUGUGCAAGAGAUGUCAACCGAAAAGUUCGAAAGUUACAAAACAAACACUUUUAGGUUUGACUUCGUCAGUUUCAUGGGAACUAAAAGUACCGAAGAAAAGAUCAAAACUAUCGAAACGUUUAAGUACUUAGGGUUUGAAGGCAAGAUCAGACUAAAAAACCCAGAAACUGUUUUUGCCGUGCUAGAAGAGUAUUUUGUGAGUGGUAUGGAAAAGGCAGACAAACCCAAGUACCUUUGGUUCGGGAGAGAGGUCCAACUUAGUGCUAGAGCUGCAGGUGCUGUUGAGGAGUAUGAUUUAAAAAAGAGAAAGUACAUUGGGACGACUUCCUUCGAGGCUGAGCUCUCUCUCAUCAGUUGCAAUAUCGGUCAAGUCAGUCCUGGCAAGAUAAUCUACGACCCAUUCACGGGUACAGGCUCUUUUCUUGUCGCAGGAGCAUACUUUGGAGCAUAUCCAAUGGGAACAGAUAUCGAUCCACGCUCCAUUAGAGGGAAAGGACCACAAUGCAAUUUGAAAAGUAAUUUCAAGCAGUACCAUACGACGUCUCAAUUCAUGGACACAUUUGUGAUGGACUUCACAAAUAAUGCAUUUAGGUCUGAUCUUGUGAUAGAUUCUAUUGUUUGUGAUCCGCCUUAUGGAGUCAGAGAGGGCCUCAAAGUAUGUGGGGCGAAGAACCCAGACAAAGCUGUCGGAAGAGAAAAGAAUGUCGUUGGAGGUGAAUUAGGACAUUUCAGGAGAGAUUUCAUAGCGCCCAAGAAGCCGUAUGAACUUGCAAAUUUGCUUGAGGAUCUACUCAAUUUUGCGGCUGAAAGGCUUCCAGUGGGAGGCAGGCUAGCUUUUUGGAUGCCCACAGCCAAUGACGAAUUUGUUGAGCACCACAUACCACAACACGAGAAAUUGGAACAUUUGUAUGCGUUGGAACAGGAGUUUAACAAAUGGUCCAGAAGAUUGGUUGUAUAUGUGAAAAGAGAUCAGAGCUACCAGGGUGUGACCAGGAAUGGCAUGCUCGAAAAAAAUGUGACAAGCUUCAGAAAGAGAUAUUUCAAGAGCUUCAAUGAGAAAAGCAAGCAGAUUGACUGAAGCCCAUAAGCAAUUUCGCCAUCGACUAGAUAUGCGCGUACGAGUCUAUGGAAUGCGGGUUUUAUUCCACAUUGCUUAUUGUUCUCAAUGUUUGUAUCUGCACGGGACACUCCUCCCGGGACUUCAAGAUGGUUUAUCUGCAGUUACUCUGCGAACCGAAUGAUGGUGACGUCUGAAGCAGAAUAUAAAACUGCAAAUUUGAACCAAAAAUAGUUGCAAAUCGACCGUGGAAUUCAUUCUACAAUAUAAUAAAGCUUCAACUUGGC